GACUAGAGUAAAUAUGUUGGGGUGAUUGCGUAAUAUAGACUAGAGUAAAUAUGUUGGAGUGAUUGCGUAAUAUAGACUAGAGUAAAUAUGUUGGGGUGAUUGCGUAAUAUAGACUAGAGUAAAUAUGUUGGGGUGAUUGCGUAAUAUAGACUAGAGUAAAUAUGUUGGGGUGAUUGUGUAAUAUAGACUAGAGUAAAUAUGUUGGGGUGAUUGUGUAAUAUAGACUAGAGUAAAUAUGUUGGGGUGAUUGUGUAAUAUAGACUAGAGUAAAUAUGUUGGGGUGAUUGUGUAAUAUAGACUAGAGUAAAUAUGUUGGGGUGAUUGUGUAAUAUAGACUAGAGUAAAUAUGUUGGGGUGAUUCGAUAUUGAAUUGUGUGAAAAUACACCAAAGCACGCCAGUGGAAAUGGCCUCAUUUUAGGUGAACACAAAGAUGGAAAAGAAGGUUCUGAACCCAGACCUGUGGCCUUGACACUUGGAUUUAUCAUUGAUACACACACACACACACACACACUCACACAAAGAUGGAAAAGCAGGUUUAAAUUCCCUUUAAAAACUCACUUUACCAGCAAGCACGCAACGUGGAUAAGGGAAAAUAAUGUUUCCGUGUAAGGAAUGAAAAUAUGUUAAUGAAUAUGUUUAUAUCAUGUAUUUGUGAUAAACAGUCUCUCCUUGACACCUGGAUUUAACAUUUAGAUACACUCACGCACAAUAUGAGCCUAUGAAUUAAGCACUGGGAUACACACACAAUAUGAGGAAAUGUACUUUUAUCCUAAAUGCAUGAGUUUUGAAACAGAAAUUCUGCAUUUUGAUUGUAUUGUGUCUGUAUUGAGACUUAUUGUCUCUGUGUGUGGGUAUAAACAUUGUAAUCAAUUCACAAAUUCGCUUUUACAUUGCAGUGAGAUCUCAAAAUGAUAAUUACAUUAAACAGUACCUUGACAUGCAUGUUACCUAAAGGUAAUGGAGUGAUUAAACAGGCAUGUUGAAAAAUGAAAGUUGGGUUGCUUUCAUAGACGAAUGGAAAAAUGUUCAGGCUUCAGAAAAGUUCAGAAAUUUGUUUUUAUUCCCAUCCGGCACGCUAGAGGGCAGUAAGACUGUAGGCUUGACUCAAUCCGUCGAAAGCUUUAAUCGCUGAAGAAGAAUCACUGCUCUCCUGAAGGAAGACCAACUAAACAAAUCUUUGUACCUUCAGCAAAUAUUUAAGAAUACUAACCGCCUCAAUCAUCUUUUCCUUCAGUCUUCAGCUUACGAACUACGUGGAUAUCGUUAACUUGGUCAAACCAGAUAGCUAUUGGUAGCUCACAAGGUCUUCGGCAGGGAAAGUUGUGUUGAGUGUAUGAACAACAUAACAGAACAACACAACAGAGAAAGCUGACAAGGCGCAGUGUUUAAUGUAAUUGCGAAAUGAGUAUGUUAAACUCGUAGGCUACAUGACAUAAUGCAGAAACUGACCGAUGACAAACUUUUACCUCGCAAAACACCCACUGCCAGAAGCACGUUGCAGUUGGAUUCUGAGGGAGAGACGCAUAUUGACAUGAUGAGUCACAAGCAAGCCUGCCUCGACCUGGAGAAGGCCACUCAAUUCAUCACAUAUGCAUUACAGCAUGAAGUAGGUAGGAACCAGGAGCUCUGCGUGUUGAUUCGCCGUCUAGAAGAGAUGGAGGUGGAGACUGGGCGGAGUCUGGCGGAGCAGGCAGAGUCAAACCGACAGCUGAAGCUGAAGAACGAUGAACUACAGAAACACCUGGAGGAAAAAGACAACUCACUGUCACAAGCCAACCAGACUGUGGCUUUCCUGAAGAAUGAACUAAGGGACCUGCAUCAGCAGCUGCGAAGACAGCAGAGCAAUCAUAGGACAAUUCAGGAUGUGAAUGAGUCGCUGCAGGAUGGGGAAAGCCAGUUAAAGGUUGAGCAAAUGGAGAGUUACAGCUCUCCUCUCCAAUCAGACCAGCUGACAACAGCUCAGGAGUCUCUGGUCUGGUCAGAACCACUGGUCUCAGCUCAGGAGUCUUUGGUCUGGUCAGAACCACUGGUCUCGUCUGAUGCCCAGAGUCCACUGGUCUUAUCGUCUCAUCAUAGUCUGCCUGUCUCAUCCAGUGCUGAAAGUCCGCUGGUCUCGUCUCACACGCUGGUCUCAGCUGAUGCUCAGAGGCUGCUGGAGGCUACUGUUUCUGGGAUUAAAGAAGAAGAUGCUGAUGAUGGAGAUGAGUACAAUCAGCCUGACAGAGCUGACCCCGGGACCGAACAGACCCCCUCCCCAUCUGAAGAUAUACAAACUGAACUGAUGCAGGAACAGGAGGACAAAUCCAGCAUACCUCUUGUCCUUUGCUCCAAAACAGACCUGUCUCCCACAGACCCCAUGUCUCUGUCUCUGUCUCCAGUCCUCUGCUCUAAAACAGACCUGUCCCCUUCAGACCAUGUGUCUCCAGUCCUUUGCUCCAAAACAGACCUGUCCCCCACAGACCCCGUGUUUCUGGCCCGGUUAAGGAGUGUUUCAGUGGUGUUGGUUGAUUGCUGUAUAACACAAGGACAGCGAGGGAAGAACGAAGAGCACCAUGAAGAACAGCUAGAGACCCGAAAAGGAUCAUCUCCCUCAUCCCCGGAGUUGCCAGCAUCCCCCUCCAUCUCGGGAACAGAGACAGAGAAAUGCGGAAACUAUUCCUGUUCUGUGUGUGACAAAACCUUCCACUUUUGGACUCAGUUCAGGCUUCAUCAAUAUAUUCACACAGGAAGGAGGCCUUACUGCUGCACCCUGUGUGGCAAGAGUUAUAAUCAAGAGGGACAUCUCAAAGUACACCAACGCACUCACACAGGAGAGAGGCCCUAUUGCUGCUACCUGUGUGGCAAGAGUUUUAAUCAAGAGGGACAUCUCAAACGUCACCAGCGCAUUCAUUCAGGAGAGAAGCCUUAUCAAUGCACUCAGUGUGGCAAGAGUUUUAUUCAAGACGCACAUCUCAAACAACAUCAGCGCACUCACACAGGAGAGAGGCCGUACCACUGCACUCAGUGUGGCAAGAGGUUUACUCAAGAGGGAAGUCUCAAACUACAUCAGCGCAUUCACACAGGAGAGAGCCCGUACCACUGUACUCAGUGUGGCAAGAGCUUCACUGUAGAGGGAAGUCUCAAAAAACAUCAGCGCAUUCACACAGGAGAGAGGCCGUACCACUGUACUCAGUGUGGCAAGAGUUUUACUCAAGAGGGAAAUCUCAAACAACACCGGCGCAUUCACACAGGAGAGAAGCCGUACCACUGUACUCAGUGUGGCAAGAGUUUUACCCAAGAGGGAAGUCUCAAAAAACAUCAGCGCAUUCACACAGGAGAGAGGCCGUACCACUGUACUCAGUGUGGCAAGAGCUUCACUGUAGAGGGAAGUCUCAAAGUACAUCAGCGCAUUCACACAGGAGAGAGGCCGCACCACUGUACUCAGUGUGGCAAGCGUUUUACUCGAGAGGGAGAUCUCAAAAAACAUCAGCGCAUUCACACUGGAGAGAAGCCUCAUCAAUGCACUCAGUGUGGCAAGAGUUUUACUGAAGGGGGAAAUCUCAAACGACAUCAGCUCAUUCACACAGGAGAGAGGCCAUACCAAUGCACUGAGUGUGGCAAGACUUUUACUGAAGGGGGAGGUCUCAAACAACAUCAGCGCAUUCACACAGGAGAGAAGCCUCAUCAAUGCACUCAGGGUAGCAAGAGCUUUACUGAUAAGAGAUAUCUUAAAAUACAUCAGCACAUUCACACUUGAGAGGCUGUAUCAUUUCACUCGGUGUGGGGAGAGUUUUUCUACAAACGGAUAUCUGACAGAAAUCAGCAUAAACACACAAGGCAGAACCUGAAGACUUGUCCCAAGUGAUAAGCCAUUGGAAGAGCUGGUAGAAACACAGAAGGCAGAAUCUGAAGAAUUGUCCCAAGUGAUAAGCCAUUGGAAGAGCUGAUAGAAUUCUCUAAAUGCUUAGAAAAGGUGCUUCAGUGCUUCCUUUCUCAUCUCCUUUAGCAUUGGGCACACUGGACCAUCCUUUACGAAGAAGAGGAGAUGAUGUCGUCCCACUAUUCAUUGUGGCAACAGCAUCUAAAGACCCAUGUCAAUAACAUCCGCCGUCACAUAGCUAUGUAGCCUAGUGUAAGUGCAGUUGGAUUUUCUCAUUUCCGCGGUUGUCUUUUCCUGAAUCCUUGUCAUUUUCUUCUUUCUUUUUUUUACUAUCUGACUGUUCAUCAUCAUGAUUGGGUUAGUUAGGGUAUGGCACCAUUCUGGAACUAAUGCAGCACUAUUCUGUAGCUAUUGCAGCACCAUUCUGGAACUAAUCCAGCACCAUUCUGGAACUAAUACAGCACCAUUCUAGAACUAAUCCAGCACCAUUCUGGAACUAAUACAGCACCAUUCUGGAACUGCCCUGGAGAGAGUCUGCCCAGGAACAUGGUGUGGGGAGUCACUGGGUAUUUCAUGUCCAUGUAUUAUUUCAAAUCAGUUGUCUGUUUCCAUACCUCUUUCAGCAGAUAACAAGUGUGUUUUUAGUUUUCUGUCCAGUUGUAGUGUCAUAUAUAAAUGUGUUGAGAAGAUUUGUGUCUUCCCAAGGCUCAGGGAUACACACACACACACAUACUUUUGUUCUACAUUCAGAAAGUUUUGAAACUCCGAUAACCAUAUUCAUUGCAUUGUAAGGAAUGUAAUUUCCAAAUAAACCUUAACCAUGAAAUGUU